GAUAACAAUUCAUAUAAUUUACUAUUUUUGGCGUUCAAUCCAUUAAACUGUAAUUCAUGGCAUAGAUCACGGUUUGAAUUCAAAUGGCUUUUGGAUAAUAAACAUUUAUAUGAGAAGCAAGUAUUGGACACUAUGUGUCCAAAUGGACAAACUAUUUGGCAGUUUGACUGGAAAUUUGAAACAUCAACAACAACGACAAAUAGUUUACCAACAAAACAGUCAACAAUUAACAACAUAACAACACCAGAAACUAUUACCACUACAAUCAUACCAAUAACAACUACACUGUCCACUACAACAUUGACUACAGUGUGGACCAGUAGCUCAUUGAAAACGACUGUUUCCGAAAAGUUUUGUAACAAUGACGGCACAUAUGAUGGUCAAUACGGUAUAGAGGAAUGGCCUGCUGUGGACAGGGGUCAGUACUCGAUUGUUAACUGUUCACAAGGCAUAGGAAUGAUUAGAUGGAAAUGUUUGGACAAUGGAUUGUUUGACGAGAGAGGACCAGUUUUAGAGGACUGUUGGUUGGAUGAGUUGGUCGAUAAAAAUAUGACAACUGUUGACGAGGUUAUGGAUUCAAUUGAUUUAAUAACAAAUAAUACAAAAGAAGACGAUUCGUUGAAAACCAUCGAAGGACUCGAAAAAGUUAUCAAAGUUGUCACCAAAAUGAUUGACUUUUUGAAUACUAAUGAAAAUAUAACUGAUCCCACAAUUGCAGACAAAAUAGGAAAUAGUUUUGUYCAAUUGUUUAGCCAAUUGAUUGAUCAGUCUAUUGCUUGGACGAGUGGCACCGAUAGCCAGAAAGUGGACAUUGCAUCGCAAGUGUUAAUGUACAUYCAAUUSAGUGCCUUUCAACCAAUUGUUUUCUCAAUUCAACGAUUGAAACAAAAAUAA